AUGGCUCAUCUAUUAAAGCCAAUCAAAAUCUAUGGUGGCUCAUUUGGCCCAAAUCCGUUGAAGGUUUCCAUCAUUCUGCAGGAACUGGGGCUUCCCAUUCAAGAAGUUCCGACUCAAUUCUGCGACCUUAAGAAAGUAGGGUAUCAAGCUAUCAACCCCAAUGGCCGUCUACCGACUAUCGAGGAUCCCAACACAGGAAUUACCCUCUGGGAAUCCGGCGCCAUUAUCGAAUACCUGAUCGAAACCUACGACAAAGAUCAGAAACUGAGUUUCCCGCAUGGAAGCCCUGAGGCGCACCAUGCUCGCCAGUUCCUUCACUUUCAAAUGUCCGGGCAAGGGCCCUACUUUGGUCAGGCCGUCUGGUUCAAGCGCUAUCACCCAGAGCGUGUGCAGAGCGCUAUCGAUCGGUACAUCACGGAAGUUCGUCGAGUCUCUGGAGUUCUCGAUCGGAUUCUGGCAAAGAGAGAUUGGCUUGUCGGUGGGAGAUUAUCAUAUGCUGAUCUGGCUUUUGUGUCAUGGCAGAACACUGCCAGGAACGUCCUGUCGGAAGACGGCUAUGAUGAGAGCGAGUUUCCCAAUUUGUCUGUCUGGUUAGCCAAGCUAAACUCGCGGCCCGUAGUGAAGGGGCUCAACGAAGCGCAACAAGCCAUGAUGGCGGAGAAAUUGAAAGAAGCGGCUGCAGCCGUGACAAAAUAG